AUGCUUAACAUUCAGCUUCCUGACCACUCGAUACUCAAAAGUGAUAGUGGUUCUCCAUCAUCACCUUCAUAUGGUCCACAGACACAUGAAGAGCAAGAUUUCACUCCAUUCCUUGAGAUUGGAUCGCCUUAUGGCUUUAAACACGAUAUGCACAUUUAUUACAACUUUGAAGAGGCUAGAUUUGAGGGUAUUCCAGACAACUUUGCCGACUUUUUAGUCAGUAGAACUUUGGAACGGAGUCGUACAGAUACUAUCUCUGCAGCCGAUACCACCAUGUCUCUAGAUUCAAAAAGCAUAUAUCUGACCAAGCGAGCACGCACGAGCUCAGCUCUUUCGGGAAGUUUUAGCUUGUCCAGCAUGAUUGGAGGUCUGGACAAUCGUAUCGACCCCUUGCAGACGCUCAAUCAGCACUUUAAGCUACCUUUCCAACACAUUCCACGUGUUGCCGUUCCAGGCUAUGAUGAGCGAAUACCAGCCGUACUUGUCAUGCUACAGCAGCAUUUUGUAGCUAAACAGGGCUAUCUGACUCCUCAUAUAUUUCGUGAAUCACCUGGUAAGGCCGAACGCGAUCAAGCUAUGCUUGACAUCAAUUGCGGCGUUUUUCGAGGAGCUAAGCAUGACGUUCGAGUACUGGCUGAUCUGAUUAAGCUUUGGUUCCGGGAACUUCCGCUACCUGUGCUGCAUGAAAUUCCGGCAGGUGAGAUGGAACGUCUAGCGUCGUCUGAAAAUGUUUACUUGGAAGUCCUGAGCAUUUUGGGAGGACCAGAGCGUAGCAUUGUGCUCUGGUUAGCUGAUCUACUAUCCUACGUGGCCGAGUACCAACCGCAUAAUCAUAUGGGUGUGGAACAGCUUGCUAUCGUCAUUGCCCCAAAUCUCUUUCGUCUCGAGACUGAGAACCCAAUGGUAGCCGUUACCAUUUCGAAAGCCGUCGUUGACGUAUUUCGAGGAGUUCUACAAGUACGAUUUUAUCACCGUCAGGAAUUGAAAGUCGCUGGACUUGUUGACAAUAUCAACUAA